UUUAAUAUGAUUCAGUAAUAGGGUUAUAGGUCAUCUAUGUUAACCCCAUUCCACUUGUAUUGUUCUUCUACUUGCUCAAAUUACGUGCUAGCUUUGACGAGCUAGCAACCAUGACAUUGCAGCUUAGCUGGCUGGUGGUUGCCUUCUCACUUGCCACUGCAGCUGGGUUGCUUAAUUUCCUGGUUAGCUAGCUCCUUAUUAAUAAACUAAUUUGCGAUUAACGACUUCACGUGAUCUUUCCCAAGCUAUAAAUGUGAACCAUAAUGGUACAAUUAGCAUUCACUUAAGUACUGUGAUAAACUGAUAAUCAAACAGUACAGAAGAAUGAGUUCACAGAAUCUAAGUAGUGUGUUUAUAGUUUUAUUUGCUGUCCUGUUAUGUCAAACAGGUGUUGAUUCACAGCUCCAAGUUGGGUUUUAUACAAGUUCAUGUAACGUAGCGGAGUUCAUUGUGAAGGAGGAAGUUCGAAAAGGGGUGAUUGGAAAUCGAGGAGUGGCAGCUGGUCUUGUGAGACUGCACUUUCAUGACUGCUUUGUUAGGGGUUGUGAUGCAUCAGUGCUGAUUGAUUCAACUUCCUCAAACACGGCAGAAAAAGAUGCACCAGCAAACAACCCGAGUCUACGAGGGUUUGAAGUCAUUGACAAUGCCAAGGCCAGACUUGAAUCUAUAUGCAAAGGUGUCGUAUCAUGUGCUGAUAUAGUUGCUUUUGCAGCAAGGGAUAGCGUUGAACUUACUGGAGGGCUUGGCUAUGACGUUCCUGCUGGAAGAAGAGAUGGCAGAGUUUCAGUAGCUUCAGACACAUUCACAAACUUGCCUCCUCCAACUGCCAAUGUCAACCAACUCACUCAACUUUUUUCAAACAAGGGUUUCACGCAAGAUGAAAUGGUCACUCUCUCUGGAGCACACACAAUUGGGCGCUCUCACUGCAGUUCUUUCAGUAAUAGAUUGUACAACUUCAAUGCAACAACAAAGCAGGACCCUAGUUUAGAUCCCCGGUACGCUGAGCAGUUGAAGCAGCAAUGUCCACAAGGCAACACAAAUCCAAACUUAGUGGUUGCCAUGAACCCUUUCAGCCCUUUCACAACCGAUGUAUCCUACUACGCUGACAUUUUGGCAAACCGAGGCUUGUUCACAUCAGACCAAACUCUCAUCACAAACUCUGCAACCGCAAACCAAGUUAAUCAAAAUGCCAGGAAUCCCUUCCUGUGGAAUAACAAAUUUGCUGCUGCAAUGGUGAAGAUGGGACGACUCGGUGUCCUGACUGGCAAUGAUGGUGAGAUUCGGGCAAAGUGCAGGGUCUUUAACUAGCAUAAAGCAAGGAGGAUGGUUAUCCUAAAAGCUCGAAGAUGGAGAUGCUUCAGCCCCUUAAUCCUAGUUACUCAAUCGUCUCAUUAUGCUCCUAUUAGUUUAAUAAUUACGUGAUAAGCACUUAACGCAUGUUGCUGUUAGGUAUUAUCAUUUUUUAUCUCGAAAUCAAUCGAGUGCCUUUUAGCACAGAAACACAAGAAUUUGCCAAAUUAUGAAGCAGAUAACACUUACACGAUGAAGAAUAAUAAAAACCUUCAUAAAUCAUGAGAAAGAUAUCAGCAAAACAGAAGCCGUGCUGUUAAUGUCUCAAGUCUAAAAAGAAAUGAAAGCACGAUCCGGCAUAACUAGAUAAUUACUGAAACUGACGACAUCAAUCAAAAAUCUCAUGAUCAAGUAAAAACCGAAGAUUAUUAAAUCCUCAACCACAUUAAGUGGUAAGCUCCAUGAUGGCACUGACAAUGUCCCCACUGUGCGUCUUGAGAGCC